AUGAAUCCAGCAAGACUUCUGAGGCUGCAGCCUUUGCGGGCAGCUGCUUUGAAGCAGCCGGCCUUCCGCCAGUCCGCCCUGAGGCAGACCAGACCAUUCCACAACUCCCGUGUCAUGUUUAGGGCUAAGGAGGAUGAACAAAGCGCGCACACUAUCACCCAGAGACUGCGUAGUCUCAAGAAGAUUCCUCCCGAAUUGCUCCCGCUUGGUGUCGUCAUCCUCUUCGCUCUCUUCGCCGCCACUUUCGCCAUGGCCAGGAAGUUGAUGACCGACAAGACGCUUCGUCUGCACAAGAACCCACCCAAGGCGCAUUGA